CCCUUCUCCCAUUCCCACGCAGACGCCACCUGCAUGGACCACGUGCUCUUCAACAAGAAACUUCGCCUCGUGUACAUGCUGUUGUUGUGUCUGCUGCUCGGUAUCAUCAUCCCGUACAUCAUAAGCUCCACGGCUUUCAAGAGCGAGGUCACGACGAGUUAUGGUACCUGCGCGCUUAACGUGUCGUAUAGGUUCGAGUGCGUCCCCGGGCGGCUGCUCAUCGGCGAGGACGAGUGCCACCGACUGGGAUGCUGCUACGACACCAACAAGCUGGGCGACACGUCCGCCCCGGUGUGCUUCCACUCGAUCCCGCCGGAGUACCGCUACGUGAUCGCCAACGAGACCGCGAGCAGCAAGCGAAUCUACAGGCUGAGCGAAGACAGGAAGCUCGACCUGUAUCUCGAGAACGUGCAUGAGUUCACGCCCUUCAACACCAGGGCCUGGCCCCUCCGCGUCCUCAUCCAGCGACACAAGAACGACAUCGUCCGCAUCAAGCUUUGGAACGAGGACUACGUCAAGGACACGAUGGACGACUUCCAGGAGGAGAGCUGCGGCGCCGCUUGCGAGCUCGACGUCGAGGUCGACGCCACGGGCGGGAAGUUCAACAUCACCGUCCUGCGCCGCAAGACGGGGAAGCCCCUCAUGGAGACCGUGUUCGGGCCGCUGGUGUACGGCGAGGACUACAUGGAGAUCACGACGCGCCUCCCGACGGCGCACCUGUACGGGCUGGGCCAGCGCGAGCGGGAGACGUUCGAGCUCCUGCCCAACUUCGAGUACCGGACGCGCUGGACGCUCUUCAACCGCGACGGCGACGCCGGCACCACCUACGGCUCGCACCCCUUCUACAUGAACUUCGAGGACGACGGCAAGAUGUACGGCGUCUACCUGAGGAACUCCGCCCCCGUCGAGGUGGGGCUCCUGCCCGUCCCGGCCGUGGCGUUCCGCUCGGUGGAUGGCAUCUUCGACUUCAGAAUCCUCGCAGGACCCACGCCGAAGGACGUGAGCAAGCAGUACGCCUCCAUGGUGGGCCUUCCCGAAAUGCCUCCCUUCUGGGCGCUCGGAUACCACCUCUGCAGGACGACCCUCAACGACACCGAGUACGAGAGCAUCGUCGCCCGCAUGGAAUCCGACAAGGUGCCCUACGAGAGUGACUGCAUCGACGCCAGGCUGAACUACCCCGACCCCUUCGCCGCCUUCAGCAACAGGACGCAGGAGAGAGUCAACGCCAUGAAGGCAGAUGGGCGCAGGUUCCUCUUCGUCCAAUAUCCGCAUGUGGAUGUCGCGAGCGAGGCCUAUGAGGACGUCAGCAGCGAGAAGUUGCUCUUGAAGGACCUGAACCCCAACAAGCGCUUCCUGGUGACCAGCCUCUCGACUCACCCCGGAAGUGGCACUCUAGGCGGGCACUUCGGCGGGCAGUACCCAGCUGACUUCGUGGCACAGCGCAAGAGUCUGGUGCAAAUGCUGGAGAUGGGGCUUUAUGGAGUGCCAUUAGUGGGGGUACCUGUUUGUGGCAGCACUAAUGGGUCCAGCGACCUGAGAACAGAAUGGUGUCUCCGAAGUCACCAAUCAGCUGCUUUCUGGCCGCUGAUGGUGAGUCACUACGAGGAGGGACAGACGCCCAGGAAUCCGCCCAACUUCGAAAGUGGAUUCAGCGGACAGCUCGCGUUCACGCAACAACGGGUUCCAGUUUAUGCUCGGUGACGCCCUGCUGGUCACGCCCGUCUUCAGCUCCCUCGCGGGCUCCACCAGCGUGCAGGCCAACGCCCACUUCCCGCCCGCGUCGUGGUAUGACUUCUACACAGGCAGCCUGGUAUCGAGCUCAUCCACAGGAGAAGACUUGGUACUCUCCACGCUGCUCACGGAUGUCAAUGUGCAUGUCAAGGGAGGGACAGUCGUGCCGAUGCAAGGCAAUCUUCAUCUGACAGUAGGCCCCGACAACCACGAGGACUUCACGCAGGACUACGACUCCCUGGCGAUCCUCAUUACGAAAGUGAACUACGACUGGUGUGAGGAGGAUUCCCUCACAGUGACGUGGGAGUAAAACGCACACGGGCUGUAUAGAGUUCUGACGCGUUUUUAGUAAAUGUUAUUCUUAUUGUUAUUGAUCGUGAAUUGAUGAUUUUUAUUUGACUCUCAGUGGCUCAGUGUUCUUAAGAUUAAUGGUUUGGGUUCUGAGGAAGUUCUGAAAACAUGAAUGAUUCCAAAAUGUAUAUAUUCCUUGUAUGUGUAUUUAUCUAUCAAUAUAUAUCAAUAUAUAUAUAAUAUAUAUCAAUAUAUAUCUAUCUAUCUAUCUAUCUAUCUAUCUAUCU